GAUAUUAAUCACCGCGCGUUUUGCUUGCCGCAUUUUUUGCUAGCAUUUUCUUUAUUGAAUGUAAAUAAUACGAUCCGGAUUCCGGAAUAAUGGCGGCCCUCAGCAAUCUGAAGCAGUGUCCGCCGUUUUCCACGCUGCCGGACCUGGCACUCCGGCACAAUCACAUUCCGGAGCUGGAGCGCUAUCCGCAGAUAAACCUGAACAGCGAACUCUUGGCCAAUCCGGCGGGCCAGAGAUUCUACGGCGGCCAGAGCUUUGUGCCCGUGGACGAGAGCGUUCUGAAGCGGAUCACGCGCACCUUCUUCGAUGGCGGUUUCUGGGAGUCGCUGGAGGAGGCGAGGAGCCCCAAAAGCCGGGAGCAGGCUCCACUGAUUGCCCAGGCGGGCGAUUUGAUUGCUAGGCUUUUGGGCCUCGCCACCGGAUUGAAGCUAAGGAUCUUUCCGCACACCCAGGAGCUCAGUGCGGAGCGGAUAGCGCAGUUCGUGGAGACCAGGGAUUGGCUAAAUAGCGACGUGAGAUUCCUCGCCUGGAACUGUCACUUCUUCAACCUGGCCGUUGCCGGUGUGGACGAUGUGGUGCGCAUCUAUUAUAAGAAUUCCAACGCCGCCACAGCUACUGUUUUGAAGAGCCCCACGCAAACGCAGAUCACCUGCAUGGCCUGGCGUCCGCUCUGCUCCACGGAGAUUGUGAUUGGUUGUCGGCAGGGUCUUUGUUUCUGGGAAGUGGACAACAGCCUGCACCUGGGACGAACCAAUGCGCCCAGCAAGGUUUUCAAACAUCCCGCCAAUCUGCCAGUUACCUCGCUGCAAUGGAACAAGGAUGGAACCCAGCUGGCCACCGCCUCCAUUGGAGAUCGCUCUAUCAUCAUCUGGCAGCCCGACAACGGAUUGAUGCAGCCGCUCAAGCGUCUGGGUCCGCCGGGAUCGCUGCUCAAGUGGUCGCCGGAUAACGACUGGCUUUUUGCGGCCACCGUGGAUCGGGUGUUCCGCGUGUGGAACUGCAACCAGCAGUGGACCACCGAGCGAUGGGUGUGCGGCCCCGGAGGCCAUGUGCAGACAGCCUGUUGGUCGCCCUGCGGCCGCUUCUUGCUCUUCGUUAGCAGCACCGAGCCGAUCCUCUACCGCCUGCAGUUCGUGCAGCAGAGUCUGCUGUCGUCUUCAGCAGAUGAGAAGGAAAUCCUGCCCAUUGCCGAUCUGAAUGCCUGCAGCAUCGAUGCGAAUCGCACGCUCAUCGGUGGCCCCGCUCAGCAGUUGGCAUGGGAUCCGCACGGCAACUACCUGGUGAUCACUUUCAAGUCAACCAACUGCAUCGCUGUUUUCCGCACCUUCAUCCAGAAGUUCGAUCUGCAAAUCUCGGCUGCUUAUUAUCUGAGUGGGGAAACGGCGGCGGAGCAUCCCAGCUUUAUUUGCUUCCAGCCCCUUUACAAGGAUAACGAUCGUUCCGUGUUGACGAUUGCCUGGUCGUCCGGUCGUAUCCAAUACUACGCCUUCGACUGAUCUUUAAGCUUAGUGGGUUUUCAUUGUAAUAUUUUAUUUGAUUUGGUUUUUGUAAGCGUUAAUACACAGAUAAACAGGA